UAUGUUUAGUUGCCGUGUUUAUACUUUCGAAGUCUAAGAAAUUGCAAUUCAUUAAUUUUUCACGGAAGACCAGCUCUGGAUGUAGAUGGGGUUUCAUGGUGUUCUUGAUCUGGGAUUUUGUUAAAAUGCUUUCUCUUAAUUGAAGUUUGUCUUUGUCCUACGAAUAAUUUUCUUAAUUUGAUGUCGAGGAUGCGAGUAAAAUGGGAUUUGAUUGGCAGGAAGGAAUUGAGGGAUAAAGAAACCUACAAGGGAAAUGUUAUAAAAUUACUUCAUUCAAUCAAAGAAAACAAAAUUGAUCCAUCACGAGUUGUCCAACUCUCAUGGCAACCAAGGUCAGGGUCUAUCUGUAUAGCGGUUUUCUAUCGGAUGAGGAGUGUGACCACCUUAUUUCUCUGGCGCUUGGAGCUGGAGAAAAGAAGUUGGGAACGGGACUUCAUUCGGAUAAUGUUUUCGUGAACCAAACUCAAUUAACUACAGAAGAUAAUAUUGUUGCAAGGAUUGAGGAAAGAAUUUCAGCGUGGACUUUCCUUCCCAAAGAGAACAGUAAGCCUCUACAGGUUAUGCGCUAUGGGCUUGAAGAGGACAAACAGAAAUUAGAUUAUUUUGGUAACAAAUCCAAACUAGGUUUAAGUGAGCGUUUGAUGGCAACAGUUAUUUUGUAUCUUUCUAACGUCACACAGGGUGGCGAGAUUCUGUUCCCUGAUUCAACGAACAAGAUGUGGUCAGAUUGCACAAAAGUUAGCGAUGUCCAACGACCUAUUAAAGGAAACGCAAUUUUGUUUUUCACUCUACAUCCCAAUGCAUCCCGCGAUGAGAGUAGCUCCCAUGCCAGAUGCCCUGUACUUGAGGGGCAAAUGUGGUGUGCGGCCAAAUUCUUCCAAGUAAGAGAUGUAAAUAAAGAAAAAGUUUCAAUUGAAUCAGAUGGUGAUGAAUGCACUGAUGAAGAUGAAGAUUGUCCUCAUUGGGCUGCCAUAGGGGAAUGCCAAAGGAAUCCUGUCUUCAUGAUUGGCUCGCCUGAUUAUUAUGGGACAUGUAGGAAGAGUUGUAGCGCAUGCUGACUGGUAAUCUUUAAUUUAUAUAAUUUUCCAGUGCCCAUAAUGUGGCAUUGGUUAGUGAUUGAUCCAUACCAGCCUUCUGAGAGUUUUUUGUAGCUCAAGAUGUCAUUGAUAGUGUAGGCUGUAGUCUUUAACUUAAUCUGAAUUAUGGAUGUUCAAAGAAAAGGGAAAUAUCCAAUGUGAAUAUUUCUUUGAAGAGGAAUGUCUAAGAUGCACCGAGCUUUUUUUGAUAUUUAGUGUGUAAAGAAUAAGAAAACUUCUAUUGGCCUUCUCUA